UGUCAGCCCGUGAUGAGGGAGGAAGGGAAGUCUCUGACCCUCUUUUGUUUCCUCUAACGAUAUAAACAAUGUUAAGUGUAUGCGUCUCCACCAUCACUCAGGGGUUAACUCUAUGAUGCUCAGUGACUAUGAUCGUGCUGAGAUUGAUCGUGAUUAACAGUAGAAGAAAAGCAUCAAGCACAGCGAGAACAAUUGUGUAGUGAGACUUAAUACCUGGCAAGUUACUGAAUGUUUCCACAGUGUACUGAGACAAGACACUGGUAGCCUGCUGAACUCACUCUAAGGAAAUAGUGUAAGUGGAAAGUGUGUGUGUGUGUGGAACAGCUUUAGUGUGAAGACCAAAUUUACUUGGAAAUUUAAGUAGAUGAUGCAUGGAGCAGUGUCAGUGUAAAGAAAAGAUAUUUACUUGGAAAUAUAUUAAUUUAAAACUCAUGGAACAGUAUUAGUGGUGAUUAGUUAGUUAGUUGUUAAUAUAAGUGAAGGAUAUAGGAGGAGGGAAGAGAUACAGUAUACCAAACAUCACAUCUUAAGUUAUACCAUGAGGGAAGGUCGAUGGUCUGUGUUGUACUGAGCUACGUGGUGGUGCUUGUGGUGAGUCAGUACCGCCAGAGGGUGCUAGUGACGGUGGUGCUGCUAAGACUGGCCAUGACCUGCCUCCUCACCCUCUGUUUCGAGGACAACACUCCUACCCACAACACACUGCACCACGCCGACGACCAUGAUGCCCACCAUCACCCACACCACCUACAGUCUGACUUGCAACAAGAAGUGGAGGAAGACCUGGAGCUACACCAACCUGACCUGCAACAAGAAGAGGAGGUUAAGCAAUACUCCUCCUCAUAUUUGCAACGAGAUUUGGAGGAGGACCAGGCUACGCUACAUCUCGAACCUGAAGUGCAACAAGAAACUGAGGGGCAAGACCAUGAUGAAGAAAAACAAAUGAUGGAGGAAAUGGAAGGGAGAGCAGAGGAGGAGGAGAGGGACGAAGAAGUGGAGGAAGAGAGUCGGGUUUUGGAAGAAAAUGUGAGAGAGAUUGUUAGUUGUGUUGAGGAAGAGGAGGAGCCUGAGGGAGAACGGCACCACAGUUUAACCCAGGAUGAAGAAGAGCCUCAGGAAGAACGAGAUGAAAGUGAUGUCAAUCAAGCAGAUGUCGAAGAUGCUGACGACGAUGGUGAUGGUGAACUGCUGGAAGAUGAAGUCAUGGCAGUAGAUGGUGACCUUACUGUGCAUCAUCAGAAGAAAACGGUAAUAGCAGAAAAUGAAGACUGUGAGUAUGCUAGUGAAGGAGAUUAUGAAACAGGAGGUAAGGGAACAACUUCAGAGAGUCCCCCGCCAGAGGGUAGUACCUGUGACAGAGAAUGGGAAGUUGAGAGAAAACGGAGUGUGGAGCAUGUAGAGGUGGUAGAGGGGGGACGGCUGGCUCACGAGGAGGAAGAUCAGGAGAGUAUAAACAUUGACCACUAUGAUGAUGUUUUUUAUACCCCAGUUGAAGAGCAGUCUGAGUCUGGUACUAACAAUGGGAAGGAGAAAGUGAAGGAAGCCAGCAAGGACACACUUAAUGAAGAUAAUGUUCCCAAAACAGAUUAUUGUAAUAAUGAAUGGGAGAAUCGGGUUAUGACGAGCCAGUCAGAUUCUGGGGACGAUAAAACGGAACACGUUGAGAGGGGUGAUAAUUUUAUUGUGAUAACUGAAGAGGAAAGUGAUGAAGUCUUACAAACAGAAAAGAAAAGAAAUUUAGAUCAGAAGAAUAAGGAAUCAAGGAAUGGCACGUGUAAGGAGAAACUAUCGGUCGGGCUAAAAACAUGUAAUGUUAUGAGCAAUGAGGAAAUUGCUGCGGCCAUUAGCUGGAUCAGAGACUUACCACCUCCUCUGUCAGGCCCUAAAUGCACGUGUAAAGUGCCCGGGACGCCUCCUUGGAAGCUUGCUCGUCCCUGUAAGCUACCGGAGCCUCUUGCCGCGCCAUCCGACUCUGUUCCUCAGCCACAUGAUCCUGUUGCCGCGCCACCUGAGCCUCCACCUGCCGCCUAUGCCACCACUCUCGCCUCAGUCAAUCACCAGAUAGUGACGGUUCAGCUACGUAGACCUCGAAGUGCUACAGUCACAAAAGAAGCUGGAUCGAGGACAAAAGACGACUGUUGUGAUCGUCAACAUGUUUUUUGUCGAAGUGGUAGGUCACUCGAGUCUAAGUGGGAGUCUUUAUGUACAACUAAAACUUGUGUUCGAGGAGCCACCCCGGAAGAAACCAGCAAGAGUGUUAGAGUUCUCGCUGCCGAAGAACCGGCAAUGUUGAGAACAAAUGCAGAAAACUUGAGGGAAAAACGACGGAUUUUUCGAUCAUGGAGUUUCUUUGGUGCAAAGUCUCCACAGGAUGACUUGACCCGCUCCCUGCACGGCUUCACUACCACUCCUUCAUCGUCUGUUGGCUCCUCGUCUUCAUCAGUGUCUUCUCCUAUAUGUAGUUCCUCUACCUUCGCCACCCUCAUCACACCCCGCCGCUGGUCCCGCCUGCUGGAACAGAAGAGGAGAAGUUUCCAGUCGUGUAUCUUCCCAGACGCCUACUCUCCCUCCAUCGGUGGAAAAUUAUCCGCCAGGGUCAAGUCGGAAUCUGACGUGGCGCCCAGGAAACACUCCGUUAGCCACGAGCCCAUCAUCAACAUCAAACCUCAAAGUCUGUCUAAAACUUUCAAUGAGAAGCGUAAGUCCGUCACAUCCUGCAUCUUCCCCGACACUGUGAACGAGGACUGCACGCCCUACACCCGAGUUAAGGAGGAACCUGACCAAAAACCCGUUUCUAGAUUAAAAACUGGAAAAUCAGAGUCGCUGCCGAAAACGAAAUCUAAUUGGCGAUUUAGACAAUUUUCCUCUAAUGGCGACAUACCUGGCUGGCGGGACAGUUCAGUAAAUAACACUUGUGGAGUUCAGUUGGAAAGUUCCUCCUCAGAAUCGCAAAUCACAAGUUUGGAAUCACAGUUAAUCAAUUCUAAGCUACAGACUACAGAAUCAGAGUCAAAGAUUAGGAGAAAUUUGUCUCGUACGAAGAGACCCAAGUCACUCAUCAUAAUACCCGAGACACAGACAGUCCGAGUUGACCCAAACAUUAACAGACCUGAAACAGCUGUCAAAAGACCCGAGUCUCUGGUGGUCCCCUCGUGUGUUAGAGUCCCCAAAAGAGACCCGAGGCUGACUCCUCCUCAACCACCAGAAAUUAGCUGUGACUUAAGGUCCCAGAGUCAAGGUCGUCUCUCCGCCAUAGACCCCAGGGAGGGGCCUUGCUACAUACAUCGUUCUCUCAGCCACAUCUUGACCCAGAGUCACAGUGAGUCCUCCCAGAGCAUAGGUCGUACACCAUUGAUAGACCUCAACUCAAUCGUGCUUAGAUCACCGGCAACGAAGCCGAAAAAACGACGUAAGAGCGCACGGUCGUGGUCAUACAACGAGAAGAUGAUGGUGUCGUCGCCGGAGGGUGUGUUGUACCAGACGGAAGGGAGAUCACGGAGGUCAGGAGCGUGGGCCCCGCAUGUCCUGCGGCCUCGCUCACUCUAUCCCAGGGAUUCAUCAGCUGAACCGUCCCCCACCUCCAACACUGUGAUCUUCCCGUGGCGUCGAGGUGAACACAGUCGAGGCUCAGGUCGUAGCAGCCCGCCUUACGACGUCACCAACCAAUCCCCAUCCUCCUCGCCCUUCUACAGCCACUCACCUACCUGUACCCUACCUGAGGAAUCCACCAAUGGCACGUGCGAGAUUCCCAGCGACACGAAACGGAAGGUGAGUGUUAAUGAGUUGUUUCAAGGUUCAUAUUUGCCAUCUGGACGGUUAGCCAGUCAGGCCAACCCUAUCAGUCGAAACAGUCUAGCCAGCCAGUCAGUCGAACAGUCCAGCCAGUCAGUCAGUCGAACAGUCCAGCAAACCAGUCAGUCGGGCAGUCCAGUCAGUCGAACAGUCAGCAAACCUGUCAGUCAGAGCGUCCAGCAAGCCAGUCCAGUCGAGCAAUCUAGCAACGACCAGUCAGCAGUCCAGCCAUCAGUCAGUCAGAGCAGAUCCAGCAAACCAGUCAGAUCAGGCAGUCCAGCAAAUGAUCAGUUAGGCAGUCCACCAAAUUGGUAA